UCACCUAACAAUUACUAAAAACAACUUGACAAUAUAUCUCAGUCGUUGGGUAUCUGGGUUUUACAGCAUCUCACACAUUUUGACAAAGUCAAGAAGGGAUCAUCUCGCAAAAAAAUGCUGCGUGUUGUUAUUUUUUCGUUGUGCCUAAUCCUCGCUCAGUCUGACGACUUGGAGAAUGUAUGUAUGCCAGGAGACGAGUUUUCGCCGCAUACAGAUUGCACAAAGUAUUACAUGUGUAACAAUGGAAUCCCAAUCGAAAUGACUUGUUCGUCUGGCCUCUAUUGGAAUCAAGCAAAAGGAAUAUGCGAUUUUCCAAAUGAAGUGCCAGAGUGCAGUGGUGGAACUAGACCCCCUGUUGGGACCGAUCGGCCCACAACCACGGUACCAACUACCACGGCACCCACCACUACUCCCCCGACGACGACAACUGUGCCUACAACAACACCUCCCCCAACAACCACGACUCCAACAACUCCUCCACCUACGACAACUACGCCAACGACAACUACUCGACCAACUACAACCACCCCCACACCAAUCACACAACCGCCAACGACGACGACACAACCUCCGACUACUACUGAGGAAAUCCCAGAAACAGAACUUACCAACCCUCCCUCCACCCAGCCUCCGUCGACUACGACCACCACAGAAGCGCCAACCACGACACCUGAGCCUCCCACAACGACAACGGAAGACCCAAUUCCAGCAGAUUGUCCCCCAACCGGGAUGAUCCAACUUCCCUACAUAGGAAAUUGUACGCUGUAUCGACUCUGCAUUGACGGUGAGACCAUCAUUUACAGAUGUCCGGAAGGGAAUCUGUAUGACACGGAGCAACUGAGGUGUCGUCCUCGAGGGGAGGCGGUCUGCACGGUGGAAGGAAUUGUCCUUAUCGCAGGUGAUCUUCAAUUUGAAAUCGACCAGGAAGAAAGAGGCAUUGACAUGAUUCCCGAAAAUUGGAUUGCUGAAAAUUUUGAAGAAAUGGCUAGAAAAUUUGCUCCAUUCAGACUAGAUUAAUUUAAUCAUUUGAAAUAACGAAAUAAAAAAUUUAAUUUGCAACAAGUAA